AUGGCAGGUGCCUUACCGCGACGAAUUAUCAAGGAAACGCAAAGGCUAAUGGCUGAUCCAGUGCCUGGUAUCUCAGCGAGUCCCGAUGACAACAAUGCCCGAUACUUUCACGUGAUGAUUGCUGGACCUCAAGACUCUCCGUUUGCUGGCGGCGUGUUCAAAUUGGAGCUGUUUCUACCGGAGGAGUAUCCAAUGGCCGCUCCAAAAGUACGAUUUAUGACCAAGAUUUACCAUCCGAAUAUUGACAAGCUAGGAAGAAUCUGUUUGGAUAUUCUAAAAGAUAAGUGGUCUCCUGCUCUGCAAAUUCGUACUGUUCUCUUGUCAAUCCAGGCUCUCUUAUCAGCACCAAAUCCUGAGGAUCCACUAGCCACUGAUGUGGCUGAGCAAUGGAAAACGAAUGAAUCCGAAGCGAUUCGUACAGCGAAGGAAUGGACUCUGCAUACCGAAAACAUGCAUUUUAGACAAAAUGACCCUUCAGUGGUCAAUUGUAGCCGCAGUAUUGUACGUGGAGAUCGUGGUGACAUUCAUCCUUCUCUUGCCGUGGAUUCGCCCUACACUGUACAGUGGAGUAAGUUGUUUAAAAGCCGUCUCGUCUCGUCAUUAGCAGCUCAUGGUCAAAUCUACUCAUAUUCCGCAGCAUUUGUGCUUUUUGUGCUAUUUGCUGAUUCUGUUCGCGAGGUUAAGAAGUACUCGCAUGUGGAAGUAGCUAUGGAGUCGUCAGUAAUACAUCGUGUUGCCGAUACCGAUGCAAUCAUUCACAUGCGUUUGUUUCGUGCGCAACGCAACUUCUACAUUUCUGGUUUCGCUCUAUUGCUUUUCCUCGUCAUCAAGCGUAUCAUGGGGCUUAUCAGUCGUGGAGCUCAACUUGAGGCUGCUAGUGAGGCAGCUAUGCGACAAGCUGAAAGUGCCACAAAAGCAGCCAAGACCCUAAUGAACGCCAGUGGUGAUUCAGAAGUUGCAGAAUUAAAUCGCAAAAUUGAAGAACUAGGCACUGAGCUAAAGAAGGCUCAGACAGAUCGUGAUACGUUGCUCAAGCAGGCGGAAUCACUGCAAACUGAAUAUGAUCGCGUGUCGGAUUUACUCGUGAAGUUUGAGGUAUUCUUUUUCCAUGGGUCGGCUCUUUGA